GCCUCUGGAACACUGCGACAGAAUGUUACUGUCGACCGCUGGUUUCUCCAAUGAGACAUAUUCCCUGCUUGCUGUCAAGGCACAAAUCAGAUGUGCUUUCGAGGAAGGGAAGAAUAGUCGCUCAACAGCAUUCAAUAUCGUUGCCACGCACACUUCUUACAGACGCGCGCCACCCAAUGCAUGGAAUGGAUCAUCUCUUCACGACAAACGGAAUCAUUCAUUGUGUCAAAUGGCCCACUAAUAGUAACGGCCAGCCGCUCGUUGAAGCCGAUUGUUCUGGUCCAUGUGCCGAGACUCGACAUUAAAUACGCAUGCAGCCGCAAUCACGAAGGCAUCUUUGGUGGGAAGUCAAAAGUUGAGGAUGUCGAGAGUCCCAACUCAGAAAAGGAUGUUGCACGCCCCAGUUCAGAGAAGGAUAUCGAUGUAUUGAUCAAUGCCGACCCCAGCCCGCCUGGUCGUCGGUCUCCCGAUUUGAUAUCGAACAUCACUGCACCACCUGCCAAACGUACAGAGGAAGUUAAUCGCUACGAAAGUCCAUUAGAAAGGCUCGGCACGAUUUACAAUCGCGAAGCAGUUACACACGACACCAGUCUAGUUGACUAUCUCUCCAGCGAUCUGGAUGCGCUAGUGACAUUUGCGGGUCUCUUCUCUGCUGCCGUGACGGCAUUCAUCAUCGACAGCUACAAAACAUUGCAGCCCGAUCCCGCUGAGGUUACAAACACAUAUCUUCUGCAACUUUCACAGCAGAUCGCUUCGGGAUCGGGUGCUUCCGCUAUCCAACCUGCUCCAUUCACGCCCGACGCUACAGACAUCCUAAUCAAUAAAUUGUGGAUCAGCAGUUUGGUGAUCAGUCUUGCAUGUGCUCUUGGGGCGCUCUUAGCGCAGUCCUGGACAAAACGGUAUAAACGGCAUGUCUUGAGCGCGCAAGGUGGCAGUACUCAAAGGAAGGCAAUGUUGCGUGCAUACCUUCGAGAUGGUAUUGGCCGGUCCGGUCUCGAAGCUCUCACUGUCGUACUCCCCGCUUUCAUGCACGUCUCGUUAUUCCUCUUCUUUGCCGGGCUCAUCCUUUUCAUCCGAGGUCUCGAAGCGUCUCCAGGCCUCGAACAUACGAUCAUAACCCUCGUGUGUAUUUGGAGCGCCUUGUAUCUUGCAUUCACUCUCGCCCCUUUCGUGAACAACAACUCACCGUAUGUCACGCCACUCACACCUGUCAUCCGUAUGUUGUUGGUCUUCCCCUUCAUUGCUGCCGUCUACAUAUGGGAAGUCGGCAGUCGACUGAAGGACGCCAUCCAGGAAAAGGACACACAUAUUGCAAAGAGGAUGGUGGAGUUGGUUAACUGGGACUUCGUCUGGAGCUGGCUUCGGGGUGAACCCCGCCCGGAGUUCACAUACCGACGCUUGCGGAAGGCUAUGAAAUGGCUGAUGCAGCAGUUCGAUGCCCCGAAGGAAGCAUCUCGGUUCCUAGACGUCGCUCAUGAUAUCCUCAUAGUGCCAGAGAUCUCCCCACAAGUGGUUGACACAGUUAUGACCUUGAGUAGUGACAUGCUUUACUUCGAGGGCGUCGACAUCAUUGACCAAGUCCUGGACUAUGUUGUGUACUACCCGGAAGAUGGCAAACGCGGGAAGUACGCCAAGUCUGGCGCUGCCUUCUUAUGCAGCCUCGCUCGCCACAGUACCACAGAUCAGCGUCUGACGCUGUCGAGGCACACUGAGCAUACAACUGUCUGGAUGGAUAUUUGCGACGAGGUGCUACUGGAGAGAUUGAGUGCGUUGAAGGCGGACACGAGUUUUGAGGUUGCACUGUACGCGUACUGUGCCUCAACGGCCAUUGCCAGUUGCACGAUUAAAGACAUCUCAACUAGGAUCACCAGCAAUGACGUUACAAUUGACGCACCUCCGGCUUGGGAUUCCCAAUCAACCAUCUCGCUUCUGGGGGACCCAAACCGAAUGCCGGAGCUGAGAUCGGAGCUUCGAGAAUUCCUCGUGAUACUUCAUUUUCUUCCCUCGUAUCGCGAUGCGGACGAGGAUGGCGAGAGUCCAUAUGUAGUCUUCGACCCACCCGUGCCUACCUCCCAUGGGCGAAAGAUUCGAGUCAAAAUCGGAUCCGGAGAUCAACCACUUACAGCGGAAAUGUUGCUCUACGAAUCGCUGUUGAUCGCUCUGGUCGAUUUCUUACAAUUCGUUCUGCCGCAGCCUCCCAUUCCUUUGGCAAUUGAACUGGUCUCCAGUGUCAUUUCUAUUGUCACAAAAGCUUGGGAUACUGUCCCACAUCACGCUGACAUGAAGGCUUGCGUAACGGAACCUAGUCAGCGCCACUUCGCUUCCAUAUUAAAGAGGAUGUUCCUCUCCCGGGCUUCUGGUACAAUGGAAGAGAAGGAUGCCCCCGCGGUGACACCCACUACAUCCCUAUGGCUCAAUGAGGUGGCCGUCACGGACCUUCAUCGCAUUUCGCAACACCUUAAUGAGGAGUGUGUUCGACAAGGCGCCGAUAUGUUGGAACGUUGGAAGGAAUUCCAAGCAUCACAAAGCAGAAUGAAAGGUAAACGGGCGCUCUCCGGGUCCUCGUUUUCCACACUUUGAAAGAGUAACGACAGCUUCGUCAUUUGAGUAAGGCCUUUCUCUAGCAGCACCACGCCCGUACCCCAUGCAUAUGCACUUAACUUAUAUGCUCCGCUUUUGCUCUCCAAUACGUGUUGCGAAAGGAUCUGUAGAUUCUUCUGCUUCAGGCAUGAGCUGGAUACCACUGAAACUACAGUGCGUUUUAGCAACCCAAUGUCGCCAUAGAAUAAAUAAGCAAGGAUUCCGGUCCUUUCCUUUCUCCGUCCCAUCCAGAAUCGGCCCUUGAAGCUUGAAGCUUGAAGCUCCAGCGAGGUUGCAACGUUUCCGAGUCAACAACUGACGCUUCCCAAUAGCACCAUUCAAGGACGGCAAGAAUCAAAUAGAGACUAUUUG